AUGGCACAUAGAGCGAUUGUUCAAGUCAUAAUCACUGGCGCCCAAGUGUUUGGCAAAGCGUUUUCUGAGGCAUAUAGACAAGCUGCCGCACAAUCAGCUAAGCAAGGUGCCAGUCAAGUUAAUAGAAGUCGUAAUGGACGUUCAGCGAAAGAUGAAUAUGGUGGUAUUACGUUAGAUGAGAGUUGUAAAAUUUUAAACUUGGGUUCAGGAAAGCCAGAAGAAUAUCUCGAUUUAGAUAAAAUCAAUAAGAAAUUUGACUAUCUAUUUAAUAUUAACGAAAAAGAUAAAGGUGGAAGUUUCUAUUUGCAAAGUAAGAUAUAUAGAGCUGCUGAAAGGUUGAAGUGGGAAGUUAGAGAGAAUGAGAAGGCAAAAUCAGAAGCAUCGAAACCACCACCACCACCAUCAUCAUCUUCUAAUAGUGAUUCAACAAAAUCGGAGCGAUCACCUCCAUGA